UGAGGGAAGAACUCAGCCGCCGCCGAGAAUAUUAUUGCAUUCAACUUCAAGCAGUCGUCGCUGUUGCUGGAUUCGGCUGGUGCCCAUGAACGAAGGGCCAGUGUGGGGACGAAACAAGACCCAGAAGGAUGGAGCGACAUACUCUUGGGUACGAGGCACGCUCUGUGGAGACGAAGUAGACUUCGAAGACGGACGGACCGUGCCGUGGAGCACCAUCGACACAUCCAUGGAGAUUCUCCGAGGGAACGUCACGUGUCCGAUGGACCUGGAUGACCUGGGGAUGUUGACGCAUUUGAAUGAACCAUCCAUGGUACAUUGCCUUGAAGAGCGCUUCCUCGGCGACAAAGUGUAUUGUCACACUGGCGACAUGCUCUUGGCCAUGAACCCGUUCAAAGUCAUUCCCAAAUUGUACGACGUGUCAGCAUUCCAAUCGACGAUUGCGUCUUCCAGCAACCGUCACCGCCAUCCUCAUGUCUUCACAACUGCCCACGAGACGUAUCGAGCGUUGACCGUCGACAAGCACAAGAACCAAACGGUGCUCGUGAGCGGCGAAAGUGGUUCGGGCAAGACCGAGACGACCAAGUUUAUCAUGCAGUACCUAGCUGCAGUCAGUCACACUCCCCAUUCCACAGCCCCUUCACAUGAGUGUGGCACUGCCAACAUCUCCGACCAAGUGCUUCAAUCUAACCCGAUCCUCGAGUCGUUUGGGAACGCGCGCACCCUCCGCAACGACAACAGCAGUCGCUUUGGCAAAUUUGUCAAAAUCUGGUUUGCCACUGACAGCCAUCACGCCCAACUGCGCCUCGUCGGCACUUCCAUCGAGACGUACCUGCUGGAGAAGGUUCGACUCGUACAUCAAGCAACGGGCGAGCGCAACUUUCAUAUUUUCUACGAAGUCCUCGCCGGUGCCGCGCAAGAUCGGACCCUCCAAACGAGAUUGCACUUGGCUGAUCCUAUGGACGUGUCCAAGUUUGCAUACUUGAACCAAAGCGGCUGCGUCACUCGGCGGGAUCAAGUGUCGGACGCCGACACGUUUCACAAAACCAUGCGCGCCAUGUCCAUCGUUGGCUUUCAAGCCCAUGUAAUAGACUCGAUCUUGGGCGUUGUGGGAGGGUUGCUCCAUCUGGGCAACAUGACGUUCGGUUCCGUCACGACGGGCGACGCGCCAUCCUCCGAAAUUCGAUCGCCGCAGCCAUUAGCGUAUGUGUCGGAGCUGCUGGCCGUGGACGUCAACCGGUUGCGGGAGGCGCUGACAAGUCGCCAGAUCAAAGCCAAGGACGAAUGGUACCAGGUCCACCUGACGCCGCAGCAGGCGGACGACGCGCGGGAUGCGCUGGCGCGGUCCAUCUACGGGUACUUGUUUGAGUGGGUCGUGGCCAAGGUAAACCGAUGCAUCGGGUCAUCGAGUCCUUUGGAAUCGUCCAAGUUCAUUGGGGUGCUCGACAUCUUUGGGUUCGAGUCGUUCGACGUCAACAGUUUCGAGCAGCUGUGCAUCAACUACGCCAACGAGCGGCUGCAGCACCACUUUAUCGACUUUGUGAUGACCCAAGAGCAAGGCCGGUACCAAUCGGAGGGCAUUCCAUGGACGUUGCUCGAGUUGCCCAUGAACGACGGGUGUCUGGAAGUGCUCGAGGCGCGACCGACGGGCGUCUUGGCGCUGCUGGACGAAGAAUGCAACGUGCCCAAAGGCUCGGACGCUGGAUUUGUGCGAAAGUUGUACCAGAUAUACCACAGCCACGCCCACUUUCAGGCAUCCAAGCGGGAUCAAGUGAACCGCGCGUUCGUUGUCGUGCACUACGCCGGCGCCGUCCGGUACACAGCCGACGGAUUUUGUGAAAAGAACCGCGACAAGCCGCACCAGGCGAUGCUGGACCUGCUGGCGUCGUCAGAGAACCCGUUUGUGCGCGUCAUGUGUCGGCUGAGUGGUGGGGACGACGGCGACGAAGAGAACGACGACCCAAGGGGGGGGCCCUCUCCCCCCAUCGUGAUGCGGCGCAAGUCAUCGAUAGUGUCGACGGGACUAGGCGCGCAGUUUCGCCGCCAGCUGCAACACCUCCUCGAUAUGAUCACGCACACGACGCCGCACUACAUUCGAUGCCUCAAGCCCAACGACGCCAACGUCAAGCACACGUUUGACCGACAGCGGAUGGCCGACCAGCUGCGAUACGGGGGGGUGCUGGAAGCCGUGACCAUCUCCCGCCUCGGGUACCCAGUGCACAUGGCGCACCCGUUGUUUGUCGGUCGGUAUGGCGCGGUGCUGCUACCCCCCCCACUUUCCACGUCGUCGCACAACAGAGCCAGUCGGCACUCGGCCAUCGACGCCGUCUUGACGCAGUUGGUCGCGGCAUGGGGCGCGGCUGGGUGGCCGCGUCGGGACAGCGUCACGGAUGGAGUUGUGCCUUCGAAAUGGUUUGCCUUUGGCAUCGAACGAGGCAAGACGCUCGUGUUUCUACGCCAAUCGACCUACGAUUUCUUGGAGUCGACGCGCGCGGCGGCGCUGCACAAGCACGCGGUGACGCUCCAAGCGUUUGCCAAGAUGGCGUUCUGCCGACACAAGUACUGGACGAUCCAGGCGGCGACGGCGACGCUGCAGCGACUAAUUCGAGGACAUCUGGCACGUCAACACGGCCGACGAAUACGGGCCACGAGAUUGGUGGCGGUGUGGCUGCAAGCGAGGUACCGAGGACGGAUUGGUCGACAGAUCGCGACGGACCUUCGGCGGCAGUUGGGGGUCGUGUGUCUGCAAAGUUGCUGGCGAGGGGCGAAGCAACGACGAGCGUUCCUAGCAACUUUGGCAGCAACGCGGACGAUUCAAUGUGCAUGGCGAUGUCGACUGGCCAAACUGCACGUGAAGCAGCUGAGGAAGGAUGCCCUAUCGCUGCAGCACACGAUUGUCGAGCGCAAUCAGCUGCGCCAGGAAUUGCACCAGCUCAAAACCCAAGCGACCAUGGCCAAUCAGCGAGCAGAGGAAGCGGAGACAGAGCUGCGACGACUGCAGCAAAUGCUGGUGGAGAUGCAACAGACAACAAUGUCUUCUUCCCCGACCAUGAUCGCCGUCUCUGACGCAGCAUUACGAGUGAGUCGUCCAUUGAAAAGUGAGAUGCUAGACGAGGUCAGCAUCACCACUCCCACCAAAUCCGUACAAGGGCGGCCCAUUGUACCAGCAGCUACAUGCAUGCCCACUGAGUAUUCGUUAAAGCAAGUGGGGGCCCAGGAGGUGGGCCAACUACCGACUAGUCUGUUUACGGCAGCCGACGAAGAGCCUCCUGUAGCCAUCCUGUCGGAAGUCACACCUCGUUCCAGUGACGAACUCGACCAAGAAACGACUGAAUUGGCAUCUCUCGACCUGUCUGUGGAGAACAGUUCAAGUGACACUGUUUCAAGCGUCGUAGCUACGGAGCAAAAACGUGAACGACCAAGUGCAACCCAAACUCCACCCGAGGUAGGACCGUCCCAGCCAGAACGAGUGCACGUGCUGGAGCCCAAACGAAGUCCCCCAGUGCUUCUGGUCGAAUCAACACAGCCCAUGUCUCAUGUACUACCACCCCCUACUGCAAACACUCCGGCGUGGACACAUCCCGUUAUUCCAUCCAAAGUGGCGUCUACAAUUGCCACCAAUUCCACUGCAGCACAAGGCGUUCCGCGGCAUCACCUGGCGCCUUCGGAUUUGGAUCCGGACAAGGAAACAGUCGCCCCUGUCGAGGGAAGUGUCUCUGUGCGCCCAAGCCAAGCCCCAGGGGAGCACACGUUGCCAGACGCAGUUGGACCCCCAACCCCCCCGUCACAUGCUUUGAGAAGUUCUGGGUAUGCCCCCCCUCUCGCUCCCAUCCACGAAGUCGGCAUCAACUUUCAAGCCCCUCCAUCUAUCCAUCAUGCGCCCCAGUCGACAGGAGGGCUCCCCACCUUGGCCAAACCAACCUCUUCUUUAUCAGACCUACUAGCCCAUCGGGUGAUCGAUUUCGGGCUAGUGGAGGCUGCGCUACGCCGAGGAGACUGCAAUCCCGAUGUGCAAGAUCCAUCCGGGCGAACGAUGCUCCACCUGGCUACAGAGAUGGGAGACGCGGCGUUGGUGCUCUUGCUCCUUCAACACCAUGCCAGCGUCACAAUUACCGACUUUGUAUCCCACGCCACGGCCUUCCACGUCGCCGCCCAAAUGGCCAACAUGGAAAUCUCUGGCAUUUUUUGCCGCCCCGACGUAUUUCCAUCGCUGGACGUCAAUAUGCCCGACAAGGACGGCAACACGGUGCUGCAUUUGGCGUGCGCGUCAUGUCGUCCCAAGGCGGCGUACGUGAUGGAGCUGUACCUGAUGCUGGGCGCCGACGCGAACGCGCAGAACGUCCUCGGCCGCUCGCCGCUCCACAUUUGCACGCUGCUGCGGCGAGACGACGAGCUCGUGGGCCGCUUGCUGGCCUGUGGAGCGGACCCUAAUCUGUAUUCCAUCGACAGGAAGACCCCGUUGCACAUUGCCGUGAAGCGAGGAAACCUGGAGCAAGCUGUGGCAUUGGUCAAAAGCGGAGCUAGCAUGACGCUGCCUGAUGCCCACCACAAGAGGGUGCUGCAUGCGUCGGCUAUGGCUCACCAGUUGCUCCCGUACAUGACGACCUCGCCGCAGUGGAUUCCAGACGAUGACGUGGCCGACUGCAUGGUGUGCCAGUAUACGUUCAACUUUUUCGUCCGCCGCCACCACUGCCGACGAUGCGGCGCCGUGUGCUGCUCAGACUGCUUGGAUCAAAAUACGUGUCAGUUGUGCGUGACAGCGCAGCGCGCGAUGCUGUAGCCAACUAACUAUAUUAAACAGCCCCUACAGUAGUUAGUAGUUGGGGGGCCAACUAACUAUAUUAACCAGCCCCUUAGUUGGGGGGGGAAGGCAGCAGCAUCCCCUUAGUAUUUACUACUUCGAAGUAUUAACUAUCGAUUAAAGCAACAACAAUGUGAAACGUCUA